AUGGAUGCCCACGAUUAUUUGUGGUUGGAUCUAGAGAAAGUGGGAGUUUUCGAAUUAUGCAGGCUUCUACUCUGCAAACAAAUUGGAGAAAGAAAAUUCAUAAACUCCAACGACGACAAGGGGUUAUAUGGAACGUUCUGGCAUAAAGUCGAUCAACUAUCACGAGAGUCGCCAGAUUUCUCCUCUGUAAUCGGCUUAACAGACACACGAUUGGAGUUGGAUGACCAAAUUCGUCAUGAAGAUCCAAGAUACAAUAGUGCACUUGCCAUCAUGGCCGCUAAAACUGCAUACGAGAACGAAGCUCGUAUCAAGAAAAUAGUGCAAGAUUAUUGGAAGAUGGAUUUUAUAGGAUUUUACAACUGUUCCAAUGCAUUUGAGACCAAGCCGGUAGCUGAUAAGGAAAAACCAACGCAAGCUUUUAUGUUUAGCGAUAAAACUGGGCAUCACGAGUUAAUCUGCGUUUCCUUUCGAGGGACUUCACCAUUAUGCGCAGAUGAUUGGUGUACGGAUCUUGAUCUCUCUUGGUUCCAUCUUAAAGGCAUAGGCAGAGUUCAUUUGGGCUUCUUGAAAGCCCUGGGGUUACAAAAGAGCGAAGAAAACUACGCCUGGUGGCCCAAAGAUAUCAAACACAAUGAAAACAUCACCUUUGCUUACUACAAAACUAGGCAAGUUCUUAAAGAAAACCUUGAGAAAAACAAGGAUGCACGGUUUAUUGUCACUGGCCACAGUUUGGGUGGCGCCCUUGCGGUUUUGUUUCCAACGAUAUUAGCACUACAUGAUGAGCAUGAGUUACUGGAUAGACUUGAAGGUGUUUACACAUUUGGACAACCAAGGGUUGGAGAUGACGAGUUCUGCCGGUUCAUGGAAGACUUGUUGGGAGUAAAGAGAUAUUUUCGAUUUGUUUAUGCAAAUGACAUUGUGCCUAGACUUCCGUUUGAUGAUACUGAUUUUCAUUACAAACAUUUUGGUCGCUGUUAUUACUUCAAUAGCUUAUACAAAGGGCAGGUGUUAAAUGAAGAACCAAACAAGAAUUAUUUCUCGAUCAAAUCGAUCGGUCCAAUGUAUCUGAAUGCCAUUUUCGAAAUGGUAAGAAGCGUUAUAUUGCCAUAUGCUUAUGGGAGAAGAUAUAGAGAAGGGGUCCUCCUUCUGGGACUUCGAAUAUAUGGGCUAAUAUUUCCGGGAAUAUCCGCUCAUUGUCCCCAAGAUUACGUUAAUAUCACUCGGUUGGCUUCUCCCGAUACGUUUAAUGCACAGAAAUACGAUUUCUACUAAUUAAGAAUAACAUUGCUCUAAUAAUUUGGAAUAAGAUGAUUAUUAGCU